UCUAGAUUAUAGUCCGAUUCAUUCUCCCAACUUUUGAAUUUGAUAUAUUUUUGGUUUUUAUUCUUAAAUCUCAAAGGAGGAUGAUGAUGAACUCAAAGGUGCCGACGGAUGCUCAGUCUAAAGCUCCGACAUGGGUCUUUUGGGACAUCAACAGUUGUCCGGUUCCGGCUGACGUCGAUGCUCGUAUUAUCGGUCCGUGUAUAAAAAGCUUUGUGAAUACUUUAGGCUACACCGGUCCUCUCACCAUCACUGCCAUUGGCAUGCUAACAGACGUCCCUCUUGACGUCCUGCGAGCCAUCUAUUCCUCUGGAAUCGCUCUCCGUCACGUUCCUAUAGGUAAUGGCGUUUACUUGGAACUGUUUUUGUGGGGCUGGAAAAAUCUACCUCCAGCUAAUGUCAUGCUUGUAUCUGAUUCUGUACGCUUCGAUCCACCUCUUGCGACUCUAAGAAUGGGCGGCAGAUACAAUGUUAUCCGGCCAAGUUUCUCUGCCUCCUCCUCUGCUCUUUACUCUACCUCAAACCAUAGAUUGCAAAGCUUACUAGCAAUGCUACGGGCAGGUGAACUUAAAUUGGAGGAGGGAGAUAAGUGCAGUGAAAUCCCAGCCUUUGUUUGCUCAACAUGCGAUGGCUAUUUUGACAUCAAAGACUUUGAAAGUUUCAUCACGCACCUCAGCAGUCCAGGGCAUGAAGUGGAGGAGGAUCCAUAUUUCCCCGAGCCUCAUUGCGAUUAUUAUUAUCAGAAGGAAGAUGCUACUACUACUGCCCAGAAGAUUAUGAUUUACCCCAAGGCGCCGACCGAUACUGAGGCUCAGGCUCCAACAUGGGUCUGGUGGGACCUUAACAGGUGUCCGGUUCCCGCUGACGUCGAUGUUCGUAUUAUCGGUCCGUGUAUAAAAAGUGCUGUGAACAAUUUAGGCUACAUGGGUCCUCUCACCAUAAUUGCCAUUGGUAUUCUAACAGACGUCCCUCUUGACGCCCUGCAAGCCAUCUAUUCCUCUGGAAUCGCUCUCCAUCACGUUCCUACAGAGGUGAAUGGAAUUAAAGAUAGUCUGUAUUGGUGGAGCACCAAAAACCCAUCUCCUACUAAUUUCAUGCUCUUAUCCGGUGAACGAGUCUUCGGUGUAACUCUUGAGCGUCUAGAGUCGCAGGGAUACAAUAUUAUCCGGUCACUCUUUCCUUAUGAUGCUAGAAAAGUAGACUCUGCACUCAGCUUAAGCUUUACAAGUGAAGGGUGCUUCUUCCUUUGGCGUAGCUUACUGACAGUGUUACGUUCAGACGUUGAUGAACUUGACAAGGACGAAAGGGGUGAAUCUGCCUUGGUUUGCUCAACAUGUGAUCUCAAGGUUGAUGCGAAAGACUUUGAACGUUUUAUUACGCAUCUCAACAGUAAAGAACAUGGACUAAAGGAGUUGCAAUUUUACCCUCAGGAUUGCAGUUCUUAUGAGAAAGAGGACGCUACUACGAUUAAACAUGUUCUGACGUGUUUUAGAGCUGGUCUGAGGAGCUGCCAACGUAAAGCAGAAGAGGAACGUAAAGCCAAAGAUAAAGAAAUUGAACUUUUCAGCAGAACUUUCUCGUAAAGCAAAACUCGUAAGACGUCAAGAAAAAGAUGAAAGAAGAAGAAAAGCUAAAUACAUUGGCACAUGCUGUUCUCUAUUAUGGCAUUUUGUGCUUCUCUAAUUAUUCAAUGGUUUGUCAACUUUUAGGUGGAAACGUGUUUUCAACAUAUACCUAUUAUCAUGCCUCGGUUUAUUUAUUGUAAGUGAAUUAAGAUA